UGAUAUUGAAGGGAGUUCUAUCUGAUCAUGUGCGUUGCAACUGCAACGGCAUGCCCCUGGUAUGAUUGACUAGGCAACUUCAAUCUCAAAACCGAAUCCUUUCCGUCUUACCUGCAGGCACGGAUACGUACUCGUCUGAGCCGACCACGUGAUCUGUGGCUGGAGAUCCGCUCCGGAAACUGCAGCCUGGCUGCUGCUCUACUUCCGGCAGUGCUGCAAGGAAGCUCACCCACCAAUCAAUGCCCGCACUCUGGUCACUCCCGUCAUUCCCCUGCAUUCGGCGGCUGACGAAUUGAUGUGACCAAGGUGGCAUUCCGCAUCUCGACAACCCUCCCUUCGACUGAACUCCGACCACGUUUGCUAUCUUCGUUCCUGUCGCACAGCGCACUUGCUGCAUCUUUCGCCUCAACAUCGAUUAUCCAGCAGUCGCCUGUUGUCAAUUGAUGUCGUAGCAUCUCGUCGCAUCCUGUCGCAUCCCGUCGCAUCCCACCCUUUUCCGCGCCCCGAGGCGCUUCCAACCGUUGCGAACGAACGUUGACGCUCAUUCCAACUCCGGCCCUUCUUCCCCGGCAUUGAGCCGAAACAUAAUCAUGCACCUCCCGCAUUCCUCGACUUUACUUCUGCUUCUAGCAGCUACAAUAGCUCGCGCCGCCGACACUUCAACGCCUUCUACGACUACAAGCCCCCCGGCAUGUACUGCAGCAUCUAAGAGCGGCACUGGGGCUUUCUAUGACUUGAGGCCGGACAUCGCCGUCAAGACCGAGGAGGGCAAGUCGUCCAAGGGAAGCGUCACCACAGACUACCACGCUAGAGGUUGGGAUUAUGGCCGCAACUUCACUCUCAACAUCUGCGCUCCUGUCCUUGAAGCGCUUGAUGACGUGGAAGGGUUGACAAAGAGCGAGGCCAAGAACGUCAGCGCUUACUACACAUACAAGGGGGAGACUUACUCGAUAGGCUCAUCGUCUAUGGACAUUCAGAGUCGAGGGCGUAUACUAGUUCUCCAGUACAAGAACGGCUCGCCCUGCGACAAGUCCAAGUCCAAGUCCAAGCGAUCCAAGGCCCACGACGGCGCAUCUUAUAACAAGUAUUCCGACGACGACGAAACGACGGCUUCUAGCUCCUUCGGCAAGAGCGAGAAGAAGGUUUCGGCUGAAAAGGACGACUCAGAUUCGACCCCCCGUCGCAAAUCAGCCACUAUCUCGUUCCACUGCGAUACCGAGCAGGUCGGCGGAGCCGCCCACAUCUCUUUCGUCGGCUCCGACCCGGAUGAUUGCGCCUACUUCUUCGAGGCUCGUUCGCAGCACGCUUGCCCGCGUGCGGAGCCCCAUCAACCGGGCAGCGUCGGUCCCGGCAGCGUCUUCGCCAUCAUCUUCGUCAUUGCCGUCCUCGUCUACUUUGGCGGUGGCGUCUUCUACCAAAGAACUGUUGCGCAUGCACGCGGCUGGAGACAGCUUCCCAACUACAGUCUAUGGGCCGGCAUUUGGAGCUUUGUCAGUGACAUCUUCGUCAUCGCAACGUCUUCAUGUGCCCAACUUCUGCCCGGGAGGCGGGGAUACAGUCAUCUGUCUGGGUCACCGAGCAGACGCAACCGCGAGGACGAGAAUCGGUUGAUAGAUCAGUUGGACGAGGAAUGGGACGACUAGGCUGCGAGGAUGAGGAACGGGACGACUAGGCUGCGAGAAUGAGCAUCGGCUGAUAGGUCGGAUCGAUCAGGAGUGGGACUAACACAUCGCGCGAAGGCCAUCUAUCUUUUCUUCCCAUUGGCACGGAUUGUUUAUUGGAGCUCCGGGAUUUUUUCGCGGGAUAUAAGUGAGUCGUAGGCAACCACCCUAGAUACCCCGUGUGAACAUAUAUAUACAUAGACGAUUCAUGAUUUCCACUAUUAGGGACA